AUGAGGCUUUAUGGGAUACAUUUUAAAAUAAUAUUUUGCAGAGACGGUGAUAAUAACUGUAACGCGGUCCUGGAUCUUCUUGACAGAGACGGUGAUGAUAACUGUAAAGUGAUUCUGGAUCUUCUUGACAGAGACGGUGAUGAUAACUGUAAAGUGAUUCUGGAUCUUCUUGACAGAGACGGUGAUGAUAACUGUAAAGUGAUUCUGGAUCUUCUUGACAGAGACGGUGAUGAUAACUGUAAAGUGAUUCUGGAUCUUCUUGACAGGGAGGGUGAUGAUAACUGUAAAGUGAUUCUGGAUCUUCUUGACAGGGAGGGUGAUGAUAACUGUAAAGUGAUUCUGGAUCUUCUUGACAGAGAGGGUAAUGAUAACUGUAACGCGGUCCUGGAUCUUCUUGACAGAGACGGUGAUGAUAACUGUAAAGUGAUUCUGGAUCUUCUUGACAGGGAGGGUGAUGAUAACUGUAAAGUGAUUCUGGAUCUUCUUGACAGAGACGGUGAUGAUAACUGUAAAGUGAUUCUGGAUCUUCUUGACAGGGAGGGUGAUGAUAACUGUAAAGUGAUUCUGGAUCUUCUUGACAGAGAGAGUGAUGAUAACUGUAAAGUGAUCCUUGAUCUUCUUGACAGAGAGGGUGAUGAUAACUGUAAAGUGAUCCUGGAUCUUCUUGACAGAGAGGGUGAUAAUAACUGUAACGCGGUCCUGGAUCUUCUUGACAGAGAGGGUGAUGAUAACUGUAAAGUGAUCCUGGAUCUUCUUGACAGAGAGGGUGAUAAUAGCUGUAACGUGGUCCUGGAUCUUCUUGACAGAGAGGGUGAUGAUAACUGUAAAGUAAUCCUGGAUCUUCUUGACAGAGAGGGUGAUGAUAACUGUAAAGUGAUCCUGAAUCUUCUUGACAGAGAAGGUGAUAAUAACUGUAACGCGGUCCUGGAUCUUCUUGACAGAGAGGGUGAUAAUAACUGUAACGUGGUCCUGGAUCUUCUUGACAGAGAGGGUGAUAAUAACUGUAACGUGAUCCUGGAUCUUCUUGACAGAAAGGGUGAUAAUAACUAUAAAGUGAUCCUGGAUCCUCUUGAAAGAAAGAGUGAUGGUUACUAUAAGGCAAUACUGGAUCUUCUUGACAGAGAGACUGUUGAGCUAGCCACUCGUCUAAUCCCCCCUAAAAGGGUUUAA